UUCAGCGCAUUCAGUGGGCCCUGGGACCUUGAAGGUUGCUUUCGCCUUGUGCUCGUACAUACAUACAAGGCUGAGCUUAGCCUUACAUCCUCGUCAACGACAACACGAUCGUGGAUUCUCAGUGCGCGCCAUUCUCAAAGCUUAGGCCCUAAACCGUCACAGCAUGGCAGCCCCUCCGCCGCAACCGCCCAGCCGCGGCGGCAUGUCGCUGUAUGCAAAUCUGCUGGACACCGACCCCUCGGCCUCGAUCGCGCGCGACCCAGUACUCUUCAAGAACGAGCAGGAUAAUGCGCCGGCCAAGAAGGCCAUUGAUCCAGCCCUCCGUUUCCAACCCAUCCGCCGCCCGCAAGUCAACAAACCCUCCGCCAAACCUAAACCCGCCUUCCCCAAAGCCCCUCCCGGCAUCCCGUCAACCACUACAGCACCACCACCGCCAACAACAACAACAACAACAACAUCAACAGCAGUAGCACCCCCACCACCCGCCGCCGCCCCCAACCGGAGCACCCUCGCCGACUGGGCCGCCACCGAAGACGACGAGUACAUAUACCACGGCGGCGGUGGCGGUGGCGGGGGGCCGGGCGGCGAGAAGCGGCAGCGGGGCGGGCGGCGCAAGAAGAAGAACAAGAGGGACGACGCGCCGCGCGAGACCGACUGGGACGAGCUGUACGACCCGGCCCGCCCCACCAACGUCGAGGAGUACCUGCGCAGCGAGGAGCGCGUGCGUGAAGUUAGGGACUGGAAGGCGGUUUUGUAUGCACAUCGGAGGGGGAGGGGAGAGAGGGGGGGGAGUGAGGAGGGGAGUGAAAGGGGGGAGGGGAGGGUGGGGUUGGGGAAUCAGUUUGCGCCUCCGGCAGCGUUCACCUUUGCGCCGCCGCCGAUGUCGCCGCCCCGUGUAGCGGACGAUGCCACCGGCGACGACGCAUAUGCCCGGCGGUUAGCAUUAUCAGGCAUGGCACCACCACCACCACCCCCUCCAGCAACCGUAUCACCAGCACCCCCGCCGCCGCCACCACCACCCACAGACACAGACAACACCACCAUCUCCCGCGCCCCGGUCCGCUACUCACAACCCCCGAACCCAGAAGACACAACCGCCAUGGACAUCGACAAAGACGACACCGACUACGACCCCGAAGUAAACUACGCCUCCAUCCCUCUCCCACCCACCACCACCACCACCCAAACCCAACAAAUCCAACAACCACCCCCAUCAACAAACCCAGAACCACAAGCCGAAGAAGAACGCACCACCCGCCCCGGACAAAAGGGCUUCGCCCAGCGCCUCAUGGCCAAAUACGGCUGGACCAAGGGCAGCGGGCUCGGCGCCGCCCAGUCCGGCAUCCCCACGGCGCUGCGCGUGCAAGUCGAGAAGCGCAAGCGCCGGCCGGAUGCCGAAGGCGGCGGGUUUGUUGGGCCCGCGGGCGGGCGCGGGCGGAUUAUCGCGCCUAAGGUUAAGAACCAGAACCAAUCUGCUGCUGGGGUUGGUGGUGGUGGUGGUGGUGGUGGUGGUGGUGCUGGUGGUGAUGGGGGGGUGGGGAAGAUGUCGGUUGUGGUGGUGCUGGACCGGAUGCUGGAUGGGAUGGGGGAUGUGGAGGGGGAGGUGGAGGCCGGGUUGGGGCAGGAGAUUGGGGAGGAGUGUGGGGAGCGGUAUGGGCGGGUGGAGAGGAUUGUGGUGGAUGUGGAAGGGGGGAGGGUGUUUAUUCGGUUUGUCGAGGGGGUUUCGGCGUUGAGGGCUGUCAACGCCCUGCAGGGGAGGAUAUUCAACGGGAAUGCGAUUGCGGCGAGGUUUUAUGAUGAGGAGAAGUUUGAGGAGGGGGUGUAUGAUGGAUAAAGGCCCGCCAGGACGUCUACUCGGAAAUAAACCAAGAUAGUGACAGCACGCUUGACUGGCAUAACGUCCUCGCAGGGUAGCACAGAUUCAAAGUCAUGGGAACGGCAUUUGUUGGCAUCUCACAAGAUCUAGCGACAGCGUACAAGAUGUGGAAUCUAAGACGAGUUAGGAAGGGGAAGCUCAACCCAUAAACAACUUCUGGGUAUCACAGGGUGCGAAUCUGACAAACACUGGAAGAUCUACAAUC